GCGUACUCAAUGCUGAGAAUGAAUUUGUGAUCAUGAUACCAGCAAACACUCCUCUUCCUGCUCGCCGUAUUUUUCAAUUCUCAAAUAUGAUUGAUGAUCAAAAAAAAUUUUAUGCUCCAAUAUGGGAAGGUGACAUUAUAGUUCCUAAGCCUUCUCCACCAACUGAAGAUAAUUUGGAUAAUGAUUCGAAUUUAGAUACUCCUUUACAAGAAAGGCAUCUUAUUUCUCCUGCAAAAAUGUUAGCUGAGCUGGUGUUAACUGAUUUACCUGAAAAAAAGAUGAAUGAACUUAAAGUUGACAUUACUAUAGAAAUAGAUAUUAAUAAAAAAUGUAUUAUUUCAGCAAAAGAACCGAUAUCUAAUAAAUCGGUUGAACUAGAAAUUCAAUUUACACAGUAA